AUGCUUGCGGGAAAUAGACCGCUGGUUCAACCAUUCAAGUUGGUAUGUGCUCGCGCGAUCCUCACUUUUCUCAUUUCAACACGGUCAGUACAGACUCAUGUUUCGACGGCAGGCAAGUUCCGAGAGCGAAAGUGCGGGCGAAGUGGGAUGGAUAGGGAGGUUGAGGAGGUUGAGGGGCUUCUAAACAUGCUUCGUUUACUCUCUGUGGCAAUGGCCCUCGGCCAGGUCCAAGCUGGUGUGGUCUCCCGCCUGGAGUCGUCCUCGUCCCUGGAGGGCAUGUCAUCCCUGCUCGAGAGGGAUGCGGCCGACCUGCCGACCUACAAGCCCGAAGAGGCGUUCGACUACAACAAGUGGACGCCCGACUCGGCCCUCUACGAGGGACUCCCCAUGAUGGACAAGCAGGUCGAGAUCGACGGCAAGCAGUUGACCUACCAGGACUUCAACAUCUCUGCCCUCACCACGGAUCAGUUCAAGGCGCACUACAUGAGCCUCCCCGAGUACUUUGACUCCAAGGGCAACUUCAUCCCCACGGAUGAGGAAGUCAAGGCUUACCAAGCAACCAUGGUUGCUCUCGCCAGCAACCCCGACUCGGAAGUCCACGUACCCGCCAGCCAUGUCAGCAAGAGAGCCUUCCCCGAUAUGUGCUUCUACGACGACAGGCUGCGAUGCUCCAGCAGCUGCACAAACUACGUUCACCGCGGUGUGAGACAGUCGUUCAACAACAACGUCUACGGAUACUACCACUACGUCUCGGACCCCCAGUGUGGUGUCGGCUCUAUCAGCAAGACUGUCUCCGUCACUCACACCUCCGCCGUCACCCUUGGAGGCUCCAUUGGUAUUCCCGGAUUCGGCGGUAAGAACAUUUGGACCAAGGCCGUCUCUACCUUCCUGAGCACUUUUGGCCUCAGCAUCAGCAAAUCUCCCGACAGUGUCACCACCGGUAUCAGCUACUCUGGCACCUGCGGCGCCUUCAACGUCUGCUUCCUCUGGGAGAGACCUCACUUCAGCGUCGACAAGGGCGUCAUCGUCACCCAGUACAUCGAUGCCAACUCCAAGAGAGCCUGCCAGGCCCCCACCGUCACCCCUUACGAGGUCCACGCCGUCCACACCGACAAGGACGCCGGCGGUGCCAGCGCCCACGGACUGUGCUACUCCAUGGCCUACCACGGAUGCGGUGGCCGUCCUACCGCUUCCAACCAGAUGAUUCGCUGCCCUAACAACUACUAA